GAUUGGUUCUAAAUUCUAGGCCUAUUGGGCUCACUAUUGGGGUCUUGCUAGUCCUCUCUCUCUCUCGUUUCUGCUUCCGCAGCCACCUCCUGCUGGUUGCCAUGGCUGCCACUUCUCUCUCUUCCUCCACACUUCAAACCCCACCCAAAAAUCCAAACUCCUCAAAACCCAAAUCCCCCCUUACCAAAACCCAAACCGCAAGAGCAUGACGCUCUUCUCCUUCCACCAUGAAGCUCCACGACCUCCUCCUCAGAAAUAUCUCACGACUCAACUUCUCAACCCCCAAACCCAAUCACAUCCACAUUCCUCCCCUCUCCACCGCCAAGCUCCUCGAUAUCAUCACCACCUCAAACCCCAUGGAACCCGCCCUCGAAAAGGUAGCCCCCGUCCUCCUUCCCGCCGUAGUCAACUCCGUCCUCAAAGAAAUCAAAAACCCUCAACUGGGUUUUCGUUUCUUCGUGUGGGCGGCCAGGAGAAGGAACUUCCGUUUAUGGGUUUCGUUUGAUUUUAUUGUGGAUAUGCUUGUUGAAGAAAAUGGGUUUGAGUUGUAUUGGAAAACCCUUGAGCAGCUCAAGGGGUGUGGGAUUUCGAUUCCGUCGGACGCGUUCACGGUUUUGAUUGCUGGGUACCGGAAGGUGAAGAUGGGUGAGAAGGCUGUUGAGGCUUUCGGUAGGAUGUAUAAGGAUUUUGACUGUAAGCCUGAUUUGUAUGCUUAUAAUGUGGUUUUGCACGUCAUGGUUGAAAAGGAAGUGAUUUUGUUGGCUUUAGCUAUAUAUAGUGUGAUGUUGAAGUCGAAUUGCGCUCCUAAUUGUGCUACUUAUACUACUUUGAUUGAUGGGUUGUGUAAGAGUGGAAAGACUGAAGACGCGCUAAGAUUGUUUGAUGAGAUGACCUUAAGAGGUAUACAGCCUAACAGGAUAACUUAUACUGCUAUCCUUUCGGGUUUGUGUCAAGCAAAGAGGGCUGAUGAAGCAGGUAGAUUGUUUAAUACAAUGAUAAGUAGUGGGUGUUCACCUGAUCAGAUUACUUAUUAUGCUUUGCUUGAUGGGUUUUGCAAGUUAGGUGAAUUUGAAAAAGCUUUUACGCUUUCUAGGUUUCUUAAGAAGGAUGGGUGCGUUCUUGGGAUAAAGGCGUAUAGUAGUUUGAUUGACGGUUUGUUUAGAGCCCGGAUGUUUAAGGAGGCACAUGAAUUGUUCCAGAAAAUGUCCGAAGAGAACAUCACGCCAGAUCUUAUUUUGUACACUAUUAUGAUUCGUGGUUUAUCUGAUGCGGGCAGGGUCAAGGAUGCAUGGAACUUGUUGAGGCUCAUGACAGAGAGAGGAGUCGCACCAGAUACUUACUGUUACAAUACUCUUAUCAAAGGGUUCUGUGAUAUGGGUCUGUUGGCCAAGGCUAGGUCUCUUAAACUUGAAAUUUCAAAGCAUGACUGUUUCCCAGAUACUUUCACCCACACAAUUCUUAUUUGUGGUAUGUGUAAGAAUGGUUUGGUUGGGGAGGCAAGAGAAAUAUUCAAUGAGAUGGAGAAGGUUGGAUGCCUCCCUUCUGUUGUGACCUUCAAUGCUCUUAUUGAUGGGCUCUGUAAGGUUGGUGAGCUUGAGGAAGCUCACCUUUUGUUUUACAAAAUGGAGGUUGGAAGAAACCCGUCAUUGUUCCUUCGCCUUUCUCAAGGCCAAGAUCAGGUUCUUGAUAGUGCAAGCCUCCAAACAAUGGUUGAGAGAUUGUGUGACUCAGGAGCAGUUCUAAAAGCGUAUAAGCUUCUAAAGCAGCUUGCUGAUAGUGGGGUCCUUCCAAAUAUCUCAACGUACAACAUUCUGAUCAAUUGUUUCAGCAAAGCAGGAAAUAUUAAUGGUGCUUUUAAGCUGUUCAAGGAGCUCCAACUCAAGGGCCAUCUCCCUGAUUCAGUUACAUAUGCCACUCUCAUUGAUGGGCUUCAAAGAGUUGACAGGGAGGAGGAUGCUUUUGUGGUUUUUGAACAAAUGAUGAAAAAAGGUUGUACACCUAGCUCAGCAGUUUACAAGUCGCUUAUGACUUGGUCUUGUCGUAGGAAGAAAGUCUCUGUUGCCUGUAGUAUUUGGAUGAAGUAUUUGAUGAGCCUUCCAGGGCGCGAAGAGGAAGCAAUUAAAGCAGCAGAGGAGUAUUUUGAGAGAGGAGAACUGGAUAAGGCAGUUAGAGGAUUACUUGAAUGGGAAUCCAAGUUUGUUGAUUUUGAUUCAGCACCUUAUACCAUUUUGCUCAUUGGGUUGUGCCAGGCUGGAAAAUCGGAUGAAGCUUUAAAGGUGUUUUCAAUUCUUGUGGAGUGGGGGAUCAAUGUGUCUGCUCCAAGUUGUGUGACGUUGAUCCGAAGUCUUUGCAUAGAGCAUAAUUUAAAUCAGGCAAUCAACGUUUUCUGUUAUACUAUGGAGAAAGGUUUCUUGUUGAAAAGGUGUUGUUGCAAUGAACUGCUACAGUGUCUGCUUACUCAGGGAAAACCAUACAAUGCUAUGGAUCUUCUCGAGAAAAUGAGUUAUGAGGGAUACAAUUUAGAUGCGCAUCUUUAUCAUGAUACCAAGGUCCUUUUACGGAGUCAUUGGAGAACACAGAAAACGGAAAAUGUAUCACUCAGAUAGAGGUGGUGUGGAGCGCUCUUUGCAAUUGCAAACAGUUUCUGUUAUGAAGUGUCCAGCGGCCUGUUACCAUCAGGACAAUUGCUGUAAAAUUCAAUGCUGCUGUCAAUUUGUGAUGACCCAAUUGGUAUUUUGUCAUCCCAUUGAUACAGGCCUUUUGUACCAACUGGAGACAUCAAAUGUGUUCUACCUGGUGACUUGCAAGAGAAGAUGUGUUUUGUAUGGGACACUAUCAUGCAAGAUUUAUGUUGAAGAUCCAAACAAGAGAAUGGCACAUGAGAAGAGGCCAAGAUAGGCUGCACUGUAAGUUCUUUUUGCCCGUCGCAUGCUCUAUCAUACAUAUAUGAAGAAACACAUGCACAUUCGUACACACACAAAAUGAUGAAUUGUGUUUUCUUAAGUCGAGGUAAGUUUUUAUUCGUAUGCAGAGGCCAAGAUAGGCUGCACUGUAAGUUCUUUUUGCCCGUUGCAUGCUCUAUCAUACAUAUAUGAAGAAACACAUGCACAUUCGUACACACACUCAAAAUGAUGAAUUGUGUUUUCUUAAGUCGAGGUAAGUUGUUUCAUGGAGUUCUGGUUUGUUAUCUACUGUAUAAAGUAUGAAUGGUUCACUCUUUGUGUUAACUAGUCAAGCUCUUUAUGUCCUUUGUUUGUGUGCAGAACAUGUUGGCUGCUAUUAAGAUGGAAAUCAUUUCCUCAGAUGAAGGCUGUAUAGGUUUACCACUAUCAACUGCAUAUAUUCUACGAUAAUUUUCUACCAUGAUUUGUAUGUGUACAUUGAGUGCCAAUGCGUGAUAUUUUGUUGUUUACAGCUAUCGAUUUCCCCAUGCCUCCAAUUUGUUCUCCAAUUGUUAUGUUAGGCCUGGCAGGCCGGCUGAGGGAGCACCAGUUAUAUCCUUAGUUGCCGGAAUUGCCUACUUGGAAGGUGCUCCUCAAAUCUGUUUCGUCUGACGUGACAAUUUUAGGGUUAUACUCUAUAUUUUGCUUUGGGCCAUGUGUGGGCUUGGGCCAGCAUUCUUACUAUAUAGCCCACUUGUCCAAAGCUUUGCUAGUGGGGUUAUAAAGACAUCUCCUCGACUAAUGGGCCAAAAAACAUAGGCUUACCCUCUUCUACUUCUAAUAAUUGUGUGUGAAAAUAUAUAUUUUUCUGUAUACUAUAAAAAAAAAAGAAGGUAUUAUUUAAAAAAUAUAUAAAAUAAAAUAUACAUAGGUGCUCCCAAUCUUUGGAGCUUUUGGGUACCUCCGCUCCCCUACUCCCGCUUCGUGCAACUAAGGUUAUAUCAAAGCAGUUAUCCGACACUAUCUUAAGACAUGUCAGUAUGAUUUGUUUUAUGUUAUUCUUUCGUUUACCUCCCUUGCCUCCUGUGGAAGACAAAAGAAAAAAGGGGAAAAAAGAAGUUUUCUUGCUUAGAGUUGGGUGCUUGUUCUGUUCUGAAUUUCUAAAACACCAGAGAUGCUAAUGUUAAUGUUGUAGUUUGGCUAUUUUUAUUGCAUAUGCCUUUAGUGGAUCUCGUGUACUUUGAACAUUUUAUUCUAAAGGAAGUUUGAUCCCUUAUUUUUCAGUGCAAUGAUAUAGUUAAAAACCAAUUAUGUCCGGCUUUUAGUGAUUUGACACUGCUUUGUUGAUUGUUAAUGUAAAUUCUUUUACUGAUGAUUGUAUGGGUGGUUAUAGUUCUGGCAUGAUUUACUUGAUGGUCAGUGGUAAAGCUGCUUGGAUGGCCUACCUGGUAAUGUUUUCCUGAGGCUUGAAAUCUCUGUCCCAUCUACAUAAAUUAAGCAGGCUACAAUCGUCUAGCUUUUCAAUACUUUACAUUUUAUCUUGAGUUUAAAAUAUGAAUUGGGUUAUCCAUUGAUAGAUGGCAUUCAACAAGACUGUGAAUGAACUUUUUCUUUUCCAUGUAUCUCGUGAUGUCAAAUUGUAAAGAAAACUUGGAUUUCACUUCUCAUUUGUUUCUAUCAUGGAUAAUGACAGCAUUUAUUUUGUUCAUGCAGUAACUCACUGUUUGAAUGCCAGUGGAGCUCUUUUUGAUACUGCAUUGCUUUUGGCAGUUGCUGCCUUCUCUCACUGACUGUGUUGCAUUAAGAAGACACAUAUUGAAAGAACUUCAGAAAAUUUUAAAUGAAGCCAGCCUUAUCUGAUAUGCAGGUGGACUAGAGGCUUACAAGGAUUUUGUCCCGGAGAUGGCAGCAAUGAGUGAGUAGCUACUUCAAAAUCAAAUCAUUCAUAUCCGAUGUCUUGUGUUUCUGAGGUGAUUAGUGAGUUUAAGAAGUUCUGAGGCAGUGUAAGUUGUAACCAUUGGAUUUUUGUUGCAUAUGUGGGAAGAUUAAUUUUUGCACAAGUAUCUUAUUAGUUUUACUUCUGAGAGUGAGAGUUAUGAAAUUGUAAUGACAACAAUUUUGGUCUCUUUGGGUUGAAAUUUCUGAACUUAUGUGUAAUUUAACCUUUUGAUUAGUUCUCAAGUUCAAUAUACUAAGAUGCACGGUGGAAGGCCGAUGACAACG